AACGUCUACUUAAAAAAAAAUCACAGAUAAAAAAAUCGUGAUUUCUAUUUUAAUUGAAUACAUAUCUCAUGUUUACUGUAUUCUCAAACAACAGUAAUAACAAAAAUAAUUUAAGAAGCGUUAUAAGAUGAUGUGGUUUAUUCAAAGGACUUGAUUGUGUAUGAAAUUAGGAGCACGAACGUGCAUGGCUGUUCUUUGCGUUGUCUCUGGGAGAGAAUACAAGAUUCCAUCCUCAUUCAACUUCAACAUGUCAAAUUGAGAGAGUCUGCCCCAACUUCUUCUCUUUAGGUUUGAGUUUCUUGACAUCUUCUAUUCAUCAUCAGGUUGGUCAAAGCUUUGAUUUUUUUCUGGUUUAUUAGAGAUUAUAAUUGAUCAUGCUUGACUUGAUGGGUUUCUGGUAAAGUUCAAAAGUUAUGUGCUCUGCUCAGAUCAUACAUUUCUAGUUGUGAAAAUGAUUCAUUUUCAUAGUUUUGCAAGUAUCUCCUCACCUUCUGCAUUGUCUAGCUGUCCAUCUAAUUUGACUUUGGAAUGUUUGAUCAGUAUUCAUAAUAACUUGUCCAGAUUGAAAUUUUGAGAGAUUUAAUUAUGAUUAAUAUCAAAUUUCAUCUUCUUGAUCUAUGCACUCUCUCUAUCAAAAGCUUUGCAUUCCUUAUUGACCAAUGUGAUAACAAUUUCUCUCUAAUGUUCCUUGGUUACUUCCCAAACCAAAACGGAUCUUGAUUUGAUUUCAGUUGUGAUGUUGUCCUGACUUAUCUCCCAAAUGGCUUUGAGACAAAAAUAAGCGACGACUUGAAGCGUUGCAGAACUUCUUGUGCAGAGCCGACCCUGACGUUUUAGAGGCUCCAAGCAGCUUUUGAAAAAGACAAUUUAUUCAGAAAUAAAUGGACUUCUUUUUCAAAACUUCGUAUCUGGAACCCAAACCGGCGGUUCCCGUUAGUACCGGCUCUAAUCAUGCGUCUCCUUCUCAAUCGUUGACCGUUGCGGUAGCUAUUAGUGGUAGUACCAAAAGCAAGAAUGUACUCAAGUGGGCGCUCAAGAAGUUUGCUUCCGAGAAAAAUAUCAUUUUCAAGCUGAUUCACAUCCAUCCAAAGCUCACUUCUAUACCUACACCUUCCGGAAACAUAGUCUCUAUCACUGAGGCACCAGAGGACGUGGCUGCUACUUAUAGACGACAAGUUAUGGAGGAGACUAAAGAAACACUUCUGAAACCUUACAAGAAGAUGUGCGAGCGUAAAAAGGUUGUAGUGGAACUUUUAGUGCUAGAAUCAAAUAGUGUUGCAGUGGCAAUAACCAGAGAUAUUAAUCAGCAUUUGAUCAGCAGACUUGUUAUUGGACGCUCAUGUAAUGUUGGCUUACAAAUUCACAGGAAUAAUGAUAUUACCGCGAAGAUAUCACACUAUGUGUCAAACCUAUGCACAGUCUAUGUUGUCUCAAAAGGAGUGUAUAUUCUUUCGAAAGAGAAAUUACCUUCAGCUUCAGACACAGAGAGAAAUGAAAUUUUAAGAGAUACUGGUAGUGAGAGAAGCUCCAGCUGUUCUUCAGGUUCAGGGACUAUCUCAGAUGCAAUGUCGUCAACAAAUGCACUCAAAUCCAAGUCUCUUGGUCUGUCCAAUAAGAGAUUGCAACAUCUCCCGACAAUAGUAAGAGGGGUUUCUGGCCGUGUGGAAACUGAUUCUGAUGAAACAAGAAGUGUGUGUUCGGAUGCUGCAGAGGAAGUGAGCAAGAGAGAAACAUCCUAUACCGAUGAGAGACACGACGGUAUGAGUCAUAUCUCUAGCAACCCUGAAUAUGAAAAUGUUACUGAUCAAGGUGAAGAUUAUUUCACAGACGACCAGGAAACACUCCAAGAAAUUACAAAGUUGAGAGAUGAACUUAGACAAGCUCAGGAAAUGUAUGCAGUGGCUCAAGUAGAGACCUUGGAUGCUUCUAGAAAGCUAAAAGAGCUAAAGUUGGAAGAGCUAACAAUAAAAGGUCAAGGAACAAAGGGGUUAGCACAAAAGGAAACACAGCAGAAGAGAAUGGAAGAGAAAGAGACUGCACAGAGAAGAGAAGCUGAGAUGAAAGUAGCCCACGAAGCCAAAGAGAAGGAGAAGCUUGUAGAAAGCUGCCUUGUGGCUCCUAAGCUGGCUCCUAAGGUGCAAUACCAAGAGUUCACUUGGGAAGAAAUCAGUACCGCAACCUCAUCAUUCUCUCAAGAUCUUAAGAUCGGAGAAGGAGCUUACGGCGCUGUUUACAAAUGUAGUCUGCAUCAUACAGUCGCCGCUGUCAAAGUUUUGCAUUCCCCUGAAAGUAAUCUAUCCAAGCAAUUCGAUCAAGAGCUGGAGAUCUUGAGCAAGAUCAGGCAUCCACACUUGGUUCUCCUAUUAGGAGCAUGCCCUGAGCGUGGAGCUCUAGUCUACGAGUACAUGGAGAACGGUAGCUUGGAAGAUAGAAUCUUCCAAGUCAACAACAGCCAGCCACUCCCGUGGUUUGUACGUUUCAGAAUCGCUUGGGAAGUUGCAUCAGCGCUAGUUUUCCUCCACAAGUCAAAACCGACACCAAUCAUCCACCGUGAUCUUAAACCAGCAAACAUCCUUCUUGAUCGCAACUUCGUCAGUAAAGUAGGAGAUGUUGGUCUCUCCACAAUGAUCCAAACCGACCUCUUAUCAACCAAGUUCACAAUGUACAAACAGACAAGUCCCGUGGGAACAUUAUGUUACAUCGAUCCCGAAUAUCAACGAACCGGGAUGUUAUCUCCAAAGUCAGACGUCUAUGCCUUGGGAAUGAUCAUUCUCCAGCUUCUCACCGCUCAGCCGGCUAUAGCACUGACGUAUACAGUAGAAAUAGCCAUGGAGAACAACGAUGACGACGAGCUGAUACAGAUUCUUGAUAAAAAAGCAGGUGACUGGCCAAUGGAAGAGACCCGGAAACUAGCUGCAUUAGCCCUGCAUUGUACAGAGAUCCGAGCUAAAGACAGGCAAGACCUGGAAAAGCAGAUUCUUCCAGUAUUAGAGAGCUUGAAGAAGGUUGCUGAGAAAGCAAGAAAAACGAUUGCCUCUGCGCCGAAGCAACCUCCAAGCCAUUUCAUCUGCCCAUUACUGAAGGAUGUGAUGAAGGAUCCAUGUAUUGCGGCUGACGGAUACACUUAUGACCGGAAAGCCAUAGAGAAGUGGAUGGAGGAUCACCGUAGCUCGCCGGUGACUGAUUCCCCCUUAGAAAACAUGACCCUUUUGCCCAACCACACUCUUCAUGCAGCCAUUGUCGAGUGGUGCCGUAGAAAUCAGUAAGGCAAACAAAAGCGAGCGCACCGUGAGGAAUGAUGUUAUUGGAGAUUAUGAUAUUAUUAUGGAGAAUGAUUGAAGCAAUUAUAUGAAAU